AUGCCGGGGCGUGGCAGUGACUUGGCGGGGUUUCCGGUGAUGAUGGGUGGGUUGGGUUGUUUAGUGGGAACCUGCAUCGGGCUGCGAAACCAGGGCCGUUUCAUCAUCGGGCUCUCGUACUUCGUCGCCAUGGGUUCGCACGUGAUGCCGCUGGGUUUUCAGCACCUGUACUCGGUCCUCGCUGCCCGGGACCUGCUCACCUGGACCCUGAUCCCGAAACUGUUCCUCUUCCACCUGGCCGUGCCCUUUGGCUACAUUGACAGUUUAGCCGUCGUCAACGUUCACCUGACGGCAUUUGGCUGCUUGGCCUGGCUCGUCGCCGUGUACGUGUUUUGGCGACAGCUGCGACUGGUGUUGUACGGACUCACUGGGUUCGAGAUGGACCGAGGCCAGGAGAAGGGGGAAUUUGCGUGGGCAAAUGUGCGGAAGGUAUUUGGCCGACACGUGGUUUUGGCCUGGCUGUGGCCUUUCUAUGUCCUACCGGGUGACGAGGACGUCGUGAGACGUCGAGGCAACAAAUAGUUUACUUUUUUUUUUCAAUUCUCGCAUGACUUGAGAACAACUGAAAAAGACCGAAGCGAUAAAGCAGUAGUUGGGAUGAUUUACGGGAUUAGAGAACGUUAUUCAUUGUUUUUAUGCGGAUAUUUUGCUCGCUGAAUGCUUUAUAAUCGCGCAAUGUACUGUAAUAUCGAAAGGGUUUUCUUGAUUUGAAAAAGGGGAUCUAGCUGGAGUCCAGAAUGAUGUAACGUACUUGAGUGAAUUUAAGCACCCCUGUUUUUCAAAUUUUAGAAGCUGGAGAACUAGUGGUGUGCUUAUACAGUAUUCGCUUGCCAUUUGCGUAAAAAUGCGGCUAUAUCAGGAAAUCUCUCUGUUUGCUGCCCUAAAAAUGAUC